AUGAGCGCUGAAUCGAUAGUUGAGUCGACAAUCGAGGUCACGGCGGCCAAUGUGUCGCCUGUUCCCUCCGCGGCGGAAAUCAUUCUCACGCCUUCCUUCUCUCAGAGGUUCCCUUUGGUGAUACCUCUCAUUUCGACGCUGGUUCUGAUUGCAAUUGGACUGUUUGUGUACGUGUCCUUUGCCAAGAAGCAGGCUUUGAGGCGGCCUCCGAGCGUGGUCAUUUGCGGUCCCAGUGGGGCCGGCAAGACUGCUCUUUGGAGCGCUCUUACUGGCGAGUCUGUGCCUGCUACAGUGACCUCCUUCCAACAAAACAUAAAGAGCGGUUACGAGGGCAAAAACUACGCUCUGGUGGACUACCCCGGUCACAACAAGCUGCGACAGGGUCUAUGGACUGAGGUGAACGGAGGAGCCGUGCAGGGUCUGGUAUUUGUCGUUGAUCUGGCGUCUCUGCAGAGAAACAUCACAGAGACGGGCUCGUUUCUGCUGGAUCUGCUGCUGCUGCUGGAGGGCUCCAACCUGCCUCUUUGCAGCAAGCGGUUGCUGAUUGUGGGCAACAAAUCUGACGUGUUCAAUGCGGCUGGCCUGGCCAAGAUGCGUCUUGUGCUGCAGGACGAGCUGCGACAGCAGAAGGAGUCACGAUCCAAGUCCGUCAGCGAGAGCAACGUGGAUAUUCUGGGCAAGGUGUUUGACUUUAACAGUCUGGAGACGGAGGUGGAGUUCUGCGAGACCAGUGUCAAGAGGGACAGUUUUGCAAAGGUGAAGGGGUGGUUGGAGGAGUUGUAG